UAGCUGAGAGUGAGAAAAAAAUAUCUGCCGAAUCCUCCUCUCAAUCUCAUCGUCAUCGUCAUCGUCAUCACCAUCAUCAUUGUCAUCCAUCUCCCAUACACAAAUUUGGUUUUCACUAUUGAAUGAGCAAAACAACUAACCCGACCAUUAAUGGCGAUGGUGGUGAAGUACUGAAGUGCACUUCAAUCCUCAUUUACAGCAUUUACUGCUACAGCGCCAAUAUACGACGAGCGUGAAUUUCUCCAUGAACAAAAAGGAAAAAAAGCAACCGAGGACCCCCAAGGCGUAGACUGCAAGUGCCGUUUCCGGGGGGGCAAUACCCUAGCUAGGAGGAGAUGCAUCAAUGGCGUUGGACGUACGGACACUGUGGGCAAAAUGGCGACUAAGCUUUUGCAGCAUUAUUCUGUGGGGAAAGGUUUUAUACAUUGUCGAGUCCUUCCUGUCUGCUUUUUGCAUUACAUUUGUGUCUUCCUCUUUUGUGGAGCUUAGAGAUUUGUAGAAGAAAGAAUGCAGAAAGAGCAAUACCUUUUCUUUGUUAAAAGUUUCGAUUCUAAAGGUUGGAGGACCACAUUGAUUCUAUUUUGAAAAUCUCAUUGUCCAUGGCUGCUGUCUUUGUAACGGUUUUCAUGUUUUCUACCCACUCAAUCUUGGAGAACAUCGAUUUUGGAUUGUAAAGUGUUUGGAAUUCUAUAGGUGGAACAAGUUAGGAGAUGGAUCAAUGAAGUUCUAUUGAAUUUUGGGCUAAUUUUUUGCUGUUUUUCUGCCAUUGUUGGGGUCUUCGAUAGUUUAUAUGUUAUUUCUCUGUAAAUGGAUGGUCGAAGGCAUUCGAUUGAUCUUCCUAUAUCGAGAACUUUGGUUGCGCUUAAGAGAGUGAGGUCUCUUAGGGAUCCAUUGACUAACUCGACGAGUAAAUUCUCUGCUUUGGUUGAUAACUACAAUUGGGAAACGAAGUCGAGCAAUGCAAUUAUUUUAGGAUUCAAUGAUGGAGGUGAAGCUGAUAAGAAUGUGGCUGAGUUUGGAAGCUCGAACAUGGUUAUGUCAAACAAGCAUGAGGUCGAUGAUCUCGAAUUCUUUCAUGGUUCAAGACAUUGUGGAAUCAAUGGCAAAGAUGGAGGUGGAUAUAAUUGCGCCGUAGCUUCCGGUGACUCUACUGAGGGCGAGAGUUUAUUUGACAGUCGAGGAAAGAGAGGUCAUGUUAGAUCGAAAUGGAAAGGCUGUAAUAAGAACCAUAAUGGAAUGUCUAGGACCGUAGCUGGAGAUGUUUCGAGCCGUGUUGUGAGUCAGUGUUUGUCGUGUAAUGGCUGCUGGACAAGGACUCCGAAAUUGAGAGAAUCUUGUUUCCGAGAUAGGUCUGAUGCAGAGGAAUCUCCGGUGUUGUUCGAGAAUUCAGGAUUGUAUGAAAGUGAAGGGGUGACUCCUUAUACGAAAAGUCCGAGGAAUAUCUGUCAAAAAUUUACGCCGAAAUCGUUUAAAGAAUUAGUCGGGCAAGAUCUAGUGGCGAGGUCUCUGCUCGGCGCCAUUUCUAGCGGGAGAAUAGCUCCGUUGUAUCUCUUUCAUGGUGCGAGGGGAGUUGGGAAGACAUCUGCUGCGAGAGUAUUCGCGGCUGCACUGAACUGCAUCUCUCCCGAGAUCGAUAAACCGUGUGGCGUGUGCCGGGACUGCAUUUUGUUCUUCCGAGGAAAGUGUCCGGAUGUCAAGGAAGUGCAUCCGUUGUCGAUCAACAGCAUCGGAGGGAUUAGGUCACUAAUCAAGAAUGCGGAUCAUCGCCCUUCACUUACCUCGCGGUUUAAAGUUUAUAUUAUCGACGAGUGCCACUUGAUGCGCGGGCAAAUGUGGAUGAUGCUGCUGAACAAGCUCGACGCGCUUCCCCGGCACACUGUUUUCAUUUUCAUCACACCUGAACUUGACACGCUUCCGUCGACUGCUGUAUCAAAGUCUCAAAUGUACCAUUUUCAGUCGGUGAAGGAAUUCGACAUUGUGCGCCAACUGGGGAAAAUAUGUGUGGAUGAAGGUCUUGAAUUCCAGGAGGAUGCCUUACAUGUUGUAGCUACUAAAUCGAACGGUUCCCUUCGUGAUGCAGUUAUGAUGAUUGAUCAUUUGAGCCUGCUCGGGAAGAAGAUUACCAUGUCCUUAGUGUAUGAAGUGAAUGGAGUUGUCUCCGAAGAUGAGUUGCUGGAUUUACUUCGAAUUGCGAUGUCUUCUGAUGCUUCGAAUACAGUAAAACGAGCGAGGGAGCUAAUGAGUUCGAGGAUAGAUCCGUUGCAUCUUAUAUCUCAGUUGGCGGAUCUCAUAAUGAGCAUUCUAGCCGGAAAACUCGAGGAAGAUGCUUCUGAGAUCAGGAGAAACUUCUUUGGAACAUAUGCCUCUGAAGCCAACAUGAAGCAGCUGAGUCGCGCGCUGAAACUACUCUCCGAAACUGAGAAGCAACUGCGAAUGUCGAAGAAUCAGGCUACAUGGCUUACUGUGGCUCUGCUCCAGCUGAGCUCCGCUGGCGAUUCACCCGAAGAAAAUGAUCCGAGGUUGAGCCUAAGAACAUUGCAUCAUCAAGACGGUGAGUAUCACGACUCAUCAUCGAAUGGAGAAAGCUUGAAGCAUCCUGUGACUGGUUCAUGCGAAAUCGCAGCGCCUAAUAAAAUGGGAGUCCCGUGUAAUGAAGAAACUCUAGACCUGAUGUGGAAGCGAACCAUCGCAGUCUGCGGAUCAGCUUCUCUCAAAACGUUCCUACACAAACGCGGAAAAUUGGUGUCCAUUUGCCUUGCUGCAGGUAUAGCAGUGGCUGAAUUGGAAUUUGAUCGUCCCGACUACGUGUUAAGGGCAGAGAAGUCGUGGAAACUGAUUGCCGGUGCGCUGCAGCGUAUGCUGGGCUAUAACGUCGAGCUAAGGAUAAAUCUUUCGAGCAAUGCCUCAAGUAAAUACGGGAAGUUGAAGAAGCCAUGCCUCAAACUCUUCAGCUGCUCCCGGAGAUUGCAUCUCGGCCCACACUACUGCAUCGAGUGUGGGAGCAAUGGCUCGGAAACCUCCUGUUACAGUGUCAGAAGCAGGGAUAAAUUUGCAGAGAUGUGUGGCGCUGAUUAUGUGCCGCAAAUCUCAGCCCCUCGCUGCCGGAGAAAGGAGAUGGUGACGAGCAUUCGAAGCAGCGACGGGAAUGCUCUCAGCAUUGGAGCAACAUUGCUCGAUAGCGCCGAAGCAGGCAACCCAUCGCGAGCUGAUUGUUCUUGGAACAGUGUAAUGAAUGGCGAAUCUUCGCGUUCUGCUGGCAUCGAGCAGGAAAAUGAAUCUAGCCGAAGGGAUUGGUGGAAAUGGAAGCUGCGAUGUUGGAGGCCGGCGAAGUUUCCAUUUUGGAGGGCUCAUAGAUUGAUGAUGCAGAAGAGACUAUAAAUCUGCAGUGAAGUUGCUGUGAGUAGACUGAGCCUAAUGUUGCGAUAAAUCAUUUGUAUUUAUCGAUCUUUAUGUCGAUGACAUGUUAAAUUACACGAAGGAUUUUGGAGUAACUACUUAUGCGGGGUUUCAUUCAUGUCGAUUA